CAAAGACUCGAUUUGAUGUCAGAAAGAUUUGCUAUAAUCGGAGGUAAUAAAAUCAAUGGAGUGUUGGGUCGUAGGCAAUUUGAAUCGGCGGUGAUCUUAGCGGAGGCGACUGUUAGGUAAACUGUUAGGUUGAUUUGAUUUUGGAUGCUUGAAAUUAGGGUUUUUGAUGUUUGUUCGAGUUAUUGGAUUGUUGGUGUGUUCUUGGAUCCGAUUGAUAAUUGAUGCUUUAAACGGAUUAGGGUUCUUGGUGUGCAUGUGUUUGUGUUCCGAUUUGGUCCGUUUGUGUUUGUGUUCCGAGUUGUUCCGUUUGUGUUUGUGUUUUGAAUUGGUCCGUUUGUUUACCGUUUGAACGGAUGUGGGUCUGUUUGUGUUCUUGACACAUGAUCGUAGAGGAAGAAGAAGAAUCGAAAAAAUGAUUAAAGUCCGUUCUUUUUCUUCCCUGUGAAUUCCACCGCAAACCCAAGAAACAGAACAAAAAAAAAACUUCAUUUUAUUGUUCUCUCUUUUGGUCCAACUUGUGUUGUCCACUCCUUUGGAUUUAAUGGUUCAGGACAACUUGGGCUGGGAACCACUCAAGACUCUUGGCAGCCUCGACCAAUCAGCUGUUGGCACUGAUAGAACAAUAUUAAUCAGUGAUGCUGGUGAAGUUUAUGCCUUUGGAAAAGAUUGUUUUAGCAAAUCUAAGUCAGAAGUCCAAGAAACUAAGCUGAUCACAACUCCUCAGCGGGUCAAGUCCUUGACGGAGAUCUUUGUGGUACAAGCUGCGAUAGGAAAUUACUUCACGGCGGUUUUGUCGAGAGAAGGCAGAGUCUAUACAUUAUCAUGGGGAAGCGAUGAAAGACUCGGUAACGAUACUGACCAUAGCUGUUCGUUGCCUCAACCUCUGUUGGGUGCCUUGGAGAACAUCCCUGUCGUGCAAAUUGCUGUUGGCUUUUGCUAUCUCCUUGCUUUAGCAAUUCAACCCACCGGCAUGUCGGUGUACUCAGUUGGAUGCGGUUUGGGUGGCAAGCUUGGGCAUGGUUGUGACGACUGUGAAACACAGCCUCGUCUGAUUGAGCAGUUUGGUUUUUUAAACAUUGAACCGGUUAUGGUCUCAGCAGGUACAUUGUGUGUUGAUGAUCUGUUUUGUUUUUGAUGUUGUUAUUUGUGUUAGCUAAUAAUGAUUAGUAACUGUUUCUGUUCUUGACAUAUGAUUGUA